AUUAUUUGCUUGGUCUCCCCGUCGAGCCCCGUCGAGCGUCACGGGCCGCACUCCCCGUCGCCGUAUCCGACCCGACGACCUCGACCAGAAGAAGGAACCAGCGAUCAUCUUCUUGGGUCAAGAAUGGAGGGCGAAGGGGAGGAGCCGGGCGGCCAUGGCGGAGGAGGAGCAGGAGGGCCACCCCUGCGAGCCUUGUGUUGCCGGGAGCUCAGCCUCCUGGAGUUCCCCGACCGGUACGUGAUCCGAUCCGUCGAUCCCGACGGCCCAGACCACGCCUUCUCCAUCGGCCGCUCUGAUGGCCUUGUCGAGCCUCUCUUUGAAGAUCUUAGUUCUUUAACUCCUUCUAGAGUCUCAACAAUUUAUGGAGUGCUUGGGAUUAUCAGGUUGAUUGCAGGAACAUAUGUGCUACUUAUUACCUCUCGGAAGGAAGUUGGUACUCAUCUCAAUUCCUCCGUAUUCCAUGUUACAUCAAUGAGAUUUUUGUCCUGCAAUGGGGCUUUAAAGCAUUCAACUUCUCAAGAAAAAAGAGAUGAGGCUUACUUUAUGUCUCUUCUGAGAACCAUAGAAUCGACCCCUGGUUUAUAUUAUUCAUAUGAAAGGGACUUAACACUCAACUUACAGAGGACAUGCAAGUUGACCGAAGAAAGGAUGCACAAGCCACUGUGGAAACAGGCUGACCCACGCUUUAUAUGGAAUCACAGUUUGAUGGAGGAGCUUAUUGAGAAUAAGCUUGAUGCCUUUACCAUUCCUGCGAUACAAGGAAGCUUUCAGUCUGUGCAAUUCACCCUUAAAGAUUCACCUGCCAGAAUCACAUUGAUCUCAAGAAGGUGCAACCGUCGUCUAGGAACUAGAAUGUGGAGAAGAGGAGCAAAUCUGGAAGGAUCCACUGCUAAUUUUAUUGAGACUGAACAAAUUCUAGAGUUUGAAGGUUAUAAGUCAUCGUUUUUACAGAUUCGGGGUUCUAUUCCACUUCUGUGGGAGCAAAUUGUUGACUUAAGCUACAAACCACGGCUCAAUAUUAUUAAUCAUGAUGAAACGCCAAAGGUUGUUGAGCGCCACUUUCGUGAUGUGAUGCAAAGGUAUGGGGAGACGAUUGCUAUUGACUUGACUGAUAAAGAAGGCGAUGAAGGUCGGCUCAGUGAUGCAUUUGCUGCUGAGAUGGAAAAACUUCCGUAUUGUAGAUAUGUGCCUUUUGAUUUUCAUCAUACAUGUGCCAAAGGGAAUUUUGAUAACUUGCAACUUCUUUAUGAUCAAAUCAAAGAAAAUGUGGAAAGCCAAGGAUAUCUUUUGAUCAAUACUGAUGGGGAAAUACUAAUAGAGCAGAAUGGAAUUCUCAGGGUUAAUUGUGUUGAUUGCCUGGAUCGGACAAAUGUUACCCAGAGUUACAUGGCUAGGAAAUCAUUGAAUUUACAACUGCAGCAAAUGGGGGCAUUUUCAUCAAGUGAAUGUAUAUCCAUGUAUAGUGACAUCUAUGAAAAGUUCAAGAUAUUAUGGGCUGAGCAUGGAGAUGAGAUAAGCUUGGAAUAUGCUGGAACUCAUGCCCUGAAAGGGGACCUAGUACGAUAUGGAAGACAGACUGUAAGUGGAAUGAUAAAGGAUGGAAUCAGUGCUCUCACACGAUAUUACUUGAAUAACUUUCAAGAUGGCAUUCGACAAGAUGCAUUAGAUCUCAUUAGCGGUCGUUAUACCAUCAGCCGAAGUGGUCCCUCUCCUUUCCAGCUUAAUGGGUUUGAAUCAUUAUCAUAUCUUCCAGUCGCCUCGGCUCUCAUCGUGGGAGGUCUCACAAUGACAACGUUCACACUAAAUCAAGUGGGGCGCAGCACACAACAUUUUAUUUCUUCUGUACUCUGGGCUGGGUUGACGGCCGGAGUAGUGGCUCUUGUUAAAGCCAAUGGGAAGCAGUUCUGCUCCAGGCCACGCUUGUGUGGCCUAUUGUAAGUUAAAACUUGUAGAUUUACGUUAUUCAAUUUUGGACAUUUUGGAUGGUCUCACUUCCAUUUGGCACGUAUAACCAUGUGACUCCCAAUGAAAUUUUUGUAUGUUCCAAAUGUAGUUCACUGGAAAAAAGAUUUAUUAUUAAUUUUGGUUUUCAA